AUGCCACGUAAGCUACGUAAGAAUAUACGUAAGAGGAAGAGAGCAUUGAAACAUCCAAUAGUAAAACUGACACCACAACAACAGUUGCAACAACAAAUGCUGAAUGACCCCACUAUGUUGCAACAAAUGUCAAGCAACCCUAUGCUCUUAAACCGAGUUCUUGGUGCACAGAGUGGAGGUUUAAGAGCGGCACUUUUAGCGAAAAUGGCAGGCUAUGGUGGAGCUGCAGACGGAACAGCUUAUAACCCUCAAAGUCAAAUGAAUUUGAGUUCACUCAAAAAUCAAAUAUCAGAUGUCAAAAAGUCAAACAUAGACAUACAGAAACAAAUAAGUGAAAACGAAAAGAAACUAGAAUAUGACAGACACACAAAGAAACUCAAUGAGUUAAACGUAGAGAAAAAGAAGAAAGAAGAACAACUGAAAGAACUAAGUACAGAGGAAUAUGCGAAAAAAGUGUCAGAAAAAGCAGCAGAAGUAGCAAAAAUGGAACAAGAUGUUAUAAAUUUGAAAAACCAUACUACUCAAUAUAAAGUACUGAAAGAUGAAGAGAUAAAACAAAAAGCCCUGAAGACAUAUAUGGAUAGCGAUGAGUAUAAAAAAGAAGUUGAAGCAAAUGUAAAGGCAGAAAAACUUUUACAGUUGCAAAACCAAACCGUACAGUAUGAAAACUUAGCACAAGAAAGUAAAAAUAACGACGCAGCCAUGCAAAAGGCAAUGAAAAGCGCAGAAUAUAUAAAAGCUAACAAUGACUGGUUAGAUGCCCAAGCCAACGCUAAAGCAGCCCAGCUUAUAGGGUCAAUAAGGACAAAAAUACAAGCGGAUGAAGACAGUUCAAAUGAAGCUUUAACAAAUGCUGACUUUAAGAACGCCUUCGAAGCUCUUCAUAGUAAGGUGAAACAAGUGAACGACUUCUCAUCUGGAAAGAAACUGAAGUCUGAAGGUUUCGACAAAGAGUUAAAAGAAGUAGCACAAAAUAUGACGAAAAUAACAGAUGCAGCAACGAGACAGGCAGUUCAAAGUGCCUAUGACGCCGUUAGAGCAACUGUUGUGGAAAGUCAAGAAAAAGAGUUACAACAGACCAAAACAGACCUAGUAAAUGCUUUCUUAAAAACGAAAAGUCAGGUAGGACAUUAUGCUGCAGAUGGAACAUAUGUGCCAGCUGGUGGAACUUAUAUACCAGCUGGUGGAACUUAUAUACUAGCUAGUGGAACCUAUAUACCACCAAACCCUCCAAGAGAAGCACCUGCACCAGGACUACCUAAAACAUUUACAUCGUCACAUGGACACAGACACAGGCAUGCACCACAACCAACAGUUCAAAACCCUGCACCAAAACCAACACAACAACCAACAGUUCAAAACCCUGCACCACAACCAACAGUUCAAAACACUGCACCACAACAACCACCUCCACAACCAGCACCACAACCAACAGUUCAAAACCCUGCACAACAACAACCACAAACAGAGCAAGGACAUAAAAGAAGUAGAGAACAAGGAAACCAAGAUUUCUUAAAAAUGCUUAAAGAAGACUAUGGUUACCCAGAUACUCUUGACUUUAGUGACAGAUAUAAAGAAGCUAUUAGAAAGUUCAAGGAAGGAAAUACUGACCCGAACCUAUUUAGCUUUAUGGUUCAGCACCAAAUGGGAUAUAAUUUCAAACCUGGAAAAUACAAGCUCGCUAAGGGAUAUGAUUUAAUAGCAUAUCAUCCAAAUGACAUGAACGAAUUUACUCCGAGAUAUUUGGUGUCAGAGCUAAAUGACAAUUCAACUAUCUUCAUGAAACGCGUAAAAAAUAAAGACGGAACGAAAGAAGAAAGGGUUAUGAAUGCGGAUGACUUAAAUAGGGAACUUGUUAAAAACGGUCUCGGAAUAUAUGAAAUGCCAGCAGAUGAGGUACAAGAAACUCCACAGGAAGAAGUUCAGAUACAACCAGACAUGGAAGAAAUAGUUCAGCAACAACAGCUAGAAGAGCCUGAAGGAAACGAACAAGUCCCUCCUUUGGAAACUAACUUCACAGAACUAGAUGAAGAUUUGGAACAGCCG